AUGGUGUGUUGUAAUACUACCACUACUCGCAUUGACAAAUUUGGUGAACUUCGAGGGAUGUUAGGUGAUGCAGAUGAUGCCAUUUUGACAAGUGGACGGGGAGAUGAAGGCAGAGUCUUGGUCUUUGGUAGAGAAGUAUUGGUUCUACUCCAAUUCGAUUCUAAUUAUAAACGUCGAAAUAAGCGAACUGAUAAGUCAAAUUAUUCUGCCAGUUAA